AUGACUUCCCUAUUGUUGUUUGUUUGUGCUUUAGGGUUCUCAUUCGCACAGAGCGCGCAAGCUCCAGUUGGCCAUGAGUACACUGCCCCGGGUCCUAACGACGUCCGAUCUCCAUGUCCCGGCAUCAAUUCAGCCGCAGACCACGGGUACAUUCCGCGCAGUGGCAAAAACUUGUCGCCCAUUGUCGUGGCCCAAGGCUUGCUAGAAGGCCUCAACGUAGGCCUCGACUUCGGCCUACCAGUAGCUUUGGCCGCCACACUGUCGAACCCGAAUCCGCUUGCCGGCACUUUCGACAUGGAUGACCUGCGGGAGCAUAACUUCCCCAUCGAGCACGACGUCAGUUUGUCGAGGCAAGACUUCUAUCAGGGGGAUAACUUACACUUCAAUCAAUCUGUCUUCAACGAGGUUCUUUCCUUCUACAGCAACACCAAUCGUACGACCAUUUCCUUGGCCGCCGAUGCACUUUGGAGCCGGAUUCGUACGAAAAGGAGUCUGAAUGGAGACGAAGAGAUCUACAGUGGUCGUCAGUUGGUGUUAGGUCUUGUUGAGACGAGCUUAUACAUGAGUCUUAUGGGGGAUCCCUUGACAGGUGAUGCUCCUAUUGACUACGUGAAGUCAUUCUUCGAGCAAGAGAGACUCCCAUACGAGCUUGGCUGGACAGCGCCUGCGGUGCAAAUCAAUUUUGUAACACUUGGAGCCAUGGCAGCACAGGUGCUAUUGAGUAAGCCGCAGGAUCUUCUCAUCGAUCUGCCAAAUCUGAAUGCGGGCACACUCAGAGAUGUCUUCCAGCUUAAAGACCCUCUUACGGGCACCGUGAUCAAUGCAACCUGCGCGCUGGCGGGCUUGUGCUAG